GGAGUGAGAUGGACUCACAAGUGGGUUGGGGAAAGGAAGCCUGGCCGCCCUUUCCACGUGGAGGGGAGCUGGUUCAGUUCAUGUGAGAGAAGCUGAAGCGGGGAACUCCACUUUUAUUCUGCUCGUCAGCUCCAUUUGAGCGACUGGCAUUUCAGAGUUGCGCUCGAAAAGUAGGAGUCUAGAAAAGCUUGAUUUGGAUAUUACAUUGAGUAUUCAAUCAUCCGCUUCUGUGUCUAGCAGUGAGAAUUCAUCAUUCCCUUUUGUUUCCCCAUUCUUUUGCUCUCUCUCACUUCUGCAAUGGCUGGAACUCUCUCGAUGUUGAUGAUGCCCCGUGGCUUCCACGGCUUUACCUGCAACAAACUUGAAGCCCGCAGGCCCAUUGCCUUGCUUCGCUUUCCCACCUUUUGCAGGACGCGUAAGAAUUUGGGCUCACAACGAAGGAAACGAUUGAAAAAAAUUUCUAUGAAGCAGCCCAGUCUAAAUAUGAAAUCAUCAUCGCCUAGUGAUGACAAUGCUCUGAAUGCUCCAAAAGGUGGCAUAUCUAGUUCCCCGGUUAUAUCUAGUGCUAAGCCUGAUUCACUAUCGAGCAUGCAAGGCGUAGAGAAAGUGGAUACUCAGGAUUUAACUCUUACAAAAGAUGUGCGAAACUAUUUGAUGGAAGAUGAUGGUAGUGGACAACAGCUUUCAAAUCUCCAGUUGGAGGACUUAAUAGAAAUGAUAAGGAAUGCUGAACAGAAUAUCUUACUCCUCAAUCAAGCCCGAGUUCGUGCUUUAGAAGAUCUGGAUAAGAUCCUUUCCGAGAAAGAGGCCUUACAAGGAGAAAUUAAUUUGUUGGAGAUGAGGUUGGCGGAAACGGAUGCACGGCUAAAAGUUGCAACUCAAGAAAAGAUAAAUGUGGAACUUCUAGAAGAUCAACUUGAGAAGUUGAAGAAGGAGAUGGCAGAAAGGGGGCCAUCCUCUACGGAAGAUGGGCAAGAUCCAUCUGAAAGCCAGAACAACCCUUUGAAUCGUCAGAGCUUAGCUUCACACUGCAGUGACUUUUCAUCUCUCAAUGAGGAGGUGACUGCAUUGAAAGAAGAGAACAAGUUACUCAAGAAUGAUAUAGAAGUGCUCAACGCCAAGCUUGCUGAAAUAGACAAAACAGAUGAAAAGAUACUUGCAGUUGUAAAAGAAAGAUCUGUUUUAGAAUACUCCCUUGCAGAACUGGAAUCCAAGCUAGUGAUUGCACAAGAAAGCAUUUCAGAGCUUGCAUCUAUGAAAGUGGAAUUCAAGACUUUGAGGGGAAACGUAGAACAUUUGCAAGCACUCUUGGAAAAACCUUCAGAGCAAGCAAAUCAUGCCCUAAAUGUCGUGCAACAGAAUCAAGAGCUCCAGAAGAAAGUUGAUAAUUUGGAAGCUUAUUUGGAUGAAGCCAAGGCAUUUAAUUCCUUGUCAGAACAACAGCUUUUGCAACAGCAGGUAAAAAUGCUAGAGCAGCGGCUUUUACAGUCUGACCAAGAGAUACAAUCCCAAGUUCAGCUAUAUCAAGACUCUAUUAACGAAUUUCAAGUUACUCUUCGUAGAUUGAAAGAUGAAAACAAGGAAAGGCAAGUGGAGGCUCCUGUUGUUGAUAUGCCUUGGGAAUUUUGGAGUCGUCUAUUGCUGGUUAUUGAUGGCUGGUUGCUUGAGAAAAAGAUUUCUCCUAAUGAUGCCAAACUGUUGAGAGUUAUGGCAUGGAAGAGAGAUGCUCGCAUCCGUGAAACCUUCUUGACUUGUAAGGACAAGAAUGAAAGUGAAGCUGUGGCCUCAUUUCUUAAACUUACAUCUUCUCGUACAAGUCAGGGUUUAUAUGUUAUUCAUAUUGCAGCAGAGAUGGCACCAGUGGCAAAGGUUGGAGGUCUGGGGGAUGUGGUAUCUGGCCUUGGUAAAGCAUUACAGAGGAAACAACACCUUGUGGAGGUUAUUCUUCCAAAAUAUGACUGCAUGCAAUAUGAUCGGAUUCAAAGUUUGAAGGCUUUAGAUGUGGUGGUGCAAUCAUAUUUUGAUGGACAACUAUUCAAGAAUAAAGUUUGGAGUGGGAUUAUUGAAGGUCUCCCCGUCUACUUUAUUGAACCCCUCCAUCCUGCUAAGUUCUUCUGGCGAGGACAAUUUUAUGGGGAGCAUGAUGACUUCAAACGCUUUUCAUACUUCAGUCGCGCAGCACUUGAAUUCCUUCUCCAAGCUGGCAAGAAACCAGAUAUCAUUCACUGCCAUGACUGGCAGACAGCUUUUGUUGCGCCCCUUUAUUGGGAUAUCUAUACACCCAAAGGACUUAAUUCAGCUCGAAUUGCUUUUACAUGCCACAACUUUGAAUAUCAGGGGACAACACCUACGUCUGAGUUAACAUCCUGUGGUCUUGAUGUUCAUCAACUCAAUAGACCAGAUAGAAUGCAGGACAAUUUGUCUCAGCAUUUGGUGAACUCUGUUAAGGGCGGAAUUGUGUUUUCAAACAUUGUCACAACUGUGUCCCCAACUUAUGCCCAGGAGGUUCGGACUCCGGAGGGGGGACGGGGUUUGCAUAUCACUCUCAAUGCUCACUCAAGGAAAUUCUUUGGAAUUCUUAAUGGCAUUGACAAUGAGGCAUGGGAUCCUGCAAGGGACGCUUUCCUAAGAUUUCAAUAUAAUGCAAAUGAUCUUCAUGGAAAGGCAGAAAACAAGGAUGCCCUACGAAAACAGCUUAAGCUCUCUUCUAUUGAUGCUAAUAUGCCACUUGUUGGUUGCAUUACCAGACUUGUCCCUCAGAAGGGUGUACACCUUAUUAGACAUGCAAUUUAUCGGACAUUGGAGUUAGGAGGACAGUUUUUGCUUUUGGGUUCCAGCCCAGUGCCAAAUAUUGAAAGGGAAUUUGAGGGCAUCGCCAGCAAUUUUCGGAAUCAUCCUCACAUCCGUAUGAUACUGAAGUACGAUGAGAUUCUUUCACAUUCCAUCUAUGCCGCAUCUGAUAUGUUCAUUGUUCCAUCCUUGUUUGAGCCAUGUGGCCUUACACAGAUGAUUGCAAUGAGAUAUGGUUCUAUUCCUAUAGCAAGAAAAACUGGAGGGCUAAAUGACAGUGUAUUUGAUGUUGAUGAUGAUAUGGUCCCCCUUCAGUUUCGCAAUGGUUUUACCUUCUUAACACCAGAUGAGAAAGGGGUAAACAGUGCUUUAGAUAGGGCUAUCAGCUACUAUAAGAAGAACCCAGAAUGGUGGCAGCACCUUGUUCAAAAGGCCAUGAAUGUGGAUUUCAGCUGGGAUUCAUCUGCAUCUCAGUAUGAAGACCUCUAUGAGAACUCAGUGUCCAGAGCAAGAGCAGCAAACCUUGCCCAGUCAACUUGAGCUCAAGUACCCUUCACACACUUAAUUGAAGCAACCACAUUGCAUUGAUUGUCUCCUUGAAGUUUUCUUUGCCAUGCUAUCUUCAAGCUUGAUUUUUUUUGGCUACUGUCCAGAGGUCUACCUGCUGGUUGUGAAGUACAACCAUGGCAGCAACUGCAGGAAGAGAUACUAUGAGAUGAUCCACCAAAGUUUGGUGGUGAGGCCAUCGGAUUGGUAUACAGAAUAGUGAGGUGCCACUAUUAUUUGUAACCCUAAACAAGUAAUGCAUUCUAAUAUGAAUUAGUGAGGUGCCACGCUUCAUUCUUUUCUUCAAUGAAGUCAUCCUGAUAUCAACCUUGUACAAUGCAUUCUUUUUUUUCUCCCCACUUCUUUUAUUCUUUUGUUGCAACUUACAAUUCUAAAAUUCAGCAUUUCACUAUUAUUUUUUAUGUAAAACAGUAGUACAAUAAAGUUUCAUAAAGUUCUCGAGA